GGCUUUUCAGAGGGUGCACACACACACACUUUCCUCUCAUAGUUCGAGCAAAAGCACUGGCUCAAGCAGCUUCUUCAGCGAAAACCUGACAACUCAUCACCUCAUUCAAAAUAAGGUGUUCAAACUACGAUGGCGGCCCAGGACCCCAGUAAACCCAAGACCAGCCAUGGGCUUAGAAAACAAAACCUCAGAGAUUCACAGCUGAGACUUGUCUUAGUGGGUAAGACCGGGGCAGGAAAAAGUGCCACAGGGAACAGCAUCCUGGGAAAGAAAGUGUUUCCUUCCGGCAUUUCGGCAAAAUCCAUCACCAAGCACUGUGAGAAGGGGAAAAGCACCUGGAAGGAGAGAGAGGUGGUCGUCGUGGAUACGCCUGGCAUCUUCGACCCCGAGGUACAGGAGGAAGACACUGUGAAGGAGAUUUGCCGCUGCAUGAUCCUGACCUCUCCGGGGCCGCAUGCCCUGCUCCUGGUCAUCCCCCUGGGCCGUUACACGCCAGAAGAGCACAAGGCCAGCAGCAAGAUCCUGACCAUGUUUGGAGAGAGAGCCAUGCAGCGCAUGAUUCUCUUGUUCACCCGGAAAGACGACUUGGAAGGCACUGAUUUCCAUGAGUACUUAAAGGAAGCUUCGGAAAGCGUUCGCGAGCUGAUGGGCAAGUUCAGAAAUCGCUACUGUGUGGUCAACAACAGGGCCACGGGAGAGGAGCGGAAGCGCCAGAGGGAUCAGCUGCUGUCCCUGGUCGUGCGUGUGGUCAAGGAGUGCGGAGAAAGAUACUACACCAAUUACUUGUAUGAAAAGUCCGAGGAGGUGAUCCAGAAAGUCAUAGAAGAAAAUCGCAGGGCAGAGCUAGAGAGAGAGAAGGCGAAGGGAAGACAGGAGUGUGAAGAGAAACCCAAAAGCCAGCAAGAUGAACUGGAGCGCAAAAACCAAAGGACGCAGAUGGAGAGGGAGGUGGAGGAAAGGCAGGCUUCCUGGGAUCAAUGGCAGGAAGACGCCAGAGACAAAAUUGAUCUGAACGAGAUUCUUGAAACCAUCUUAAAUGUAUUGAAGAUAGCUUCCACCCUUUUCUCACUGUUCAGGCUUUAAACACUCAGAUGCACCUUCAUGAAACUCUGGCUCUCUUUCCUGCAUAUUUCCAGGCCGCCCUGCCCUAUGUAGGUCAGGCCAAUCUCGUUUUCCUGUUUCUCAGGCUCUCCAGACUAAGCAGCAGAGUGAAGGUCACUGCUGGCAGUGGGUAGGUGCUUGACUGAUUGAACAGGGCAGGGACAAAUUCUCAAUCUGUGACACUCCAAAGCAGAAAGAAUUGACACGCCCUACCCGUGGAGCCUUUCUUAAAAGCACAGAGGCCAGAUAUGCAGGAGGCCAAUGAUGACCCCCUCUACUUCCCCCUAGUAAAAUUUCUCCUCUAGAUUUUCUCUAGAUUGGUAGGUAAUCUCCCCCACUGUGGCUUCUUCUCACUUAAUUUUGCCCUUAAGACCCCAGCAAUCAUGUCACCCAGAGAAGUUCUUAGCAAGUUCUAUUCUUUGCAUUCAUUUUUUUAAAUGAUUUUUAUUUUUUCCAUUAUAAUUGGUUUGCAAUGUUCUGUCAAUUUCAACUGUACAGCCAAGUGGCCCAGUCACACAUACGUAUAUAUUCUUUUUCUCACAUUAUCCUCCAUCACGUUCCGUCGCAAGUGACUAGAUAUAGUUCCCUGUGCCACACGGCAGGAUCUUAUUGCUUAUCCACUCCAGAUGCAAUAGUUUGCAUCUAGGAACCCAGACUCCCAGUCCAUUCCACUCCCUCCCCCUCCCCCUUGCAACCACAAGUCUGUUCUCCAAGUCCAUGCGUUUCUUUUCUGCGGCAAGGCUUGUUUGUGCCAUGUAUUAGAUUCCAGAUAUGUUUGAUCUUUGCAUUAGUUAAGCUUAUAGAUGGAGGCAGUUAUAGAAUGUUUCUAGAUGAAGAGAAAUUUGUUUACUUAGAAUCUGACGGAAAGACUCGUUCCUUCUCAUAUGGCCAUUGAAGAACAAAGAGUUGUCUGGAAAAUAGAUCCUUUGGAACUUAACUAGUGAAAUGUCAGAAAAAAUAAAAGACAGAGAUUCCACAGAUAGGAGGAAAAGAUGUGAUAUAUUCAGAUGUACGUGUGGAAACUCUUUGACCAACAUCAACCAGUUUGCAGAAUAACCAGUUCUCUCCUUUUCCUGUGAAACCAACAGCUGCCACCUCACCUCCAUCACCCCACCCCUUGGCGGCAUACUGCUUCCUCCUCGCCCUGCUCCCCCACCCAGCUACUUACUGUUAUGAUAAUAAAACUUUUCUGUUCUCUA